AACUGGAUAUUAAUGUCCUUUAAUUAUUUUACAACAAAAGGGGCGACGAAAAGUUCUUCCUUUCGCACCAUCGCGGCUUCUGCUUGAAGAAUAAAUCCUUGGAAUUUGGUUGCAGUCGAAAAUCUUCCUUACGCACCAUCAGUGUUGCAGACUUUGAGGGAUGGGUUUGCCAAGAUUUACAAGCCCUAAGGGAGGGGAAGAUGAGUCCAGUCCUCACCUCUAUGUGGCUAACUGUGGGCCUGCGGUUGGAUUUUCACAUGAAACUAUUGCAUCUGUAUUUGGUAUGUACGGAGAAGUCGAGGGUGUCUGUGCUGCUGACGAGAGUGGGACGCGUGUAAUUGUCUCCUAUCAUGAUAAGAGCAGUUCACAGGCAGCCAUGAAAGCACUGAAUAGGCGUCCGUGUUCUAGUCUUGGAGGUCGUACCUUGCACAUUCAGUAUGCUGUACAAUCACUUGGUAAGGUGAACAACACUGCUUCAGUUCCAGUUUCGACAUCAGCCUCGGAUUUGGACAUUCCUGGACUUCACUUGAUGCACGACUUUGUCACUCCUCAGGAAGAGCAAGAAUUGCUUGCGGCUGUGGAUGAUAGGCCAUGGCAUCGUCUAGCCAAAAGAAGAGUUCAACACUACGGAUACGAGUUUUGCUAUGAUAUAAGGAAUGUCAAUACUAAUCAAUACAUGGGUGAGCUUCCACCCUUCAUGUCUCCUGUACUCGAAAGGAUCAGAUCGUUUCAAGCACUUGGUCGUGCUGCAGAUACGUCUCUAGAUCAACUAACGGUGAAUGAGUACCCGCCCGGGGUUGGUUUGUCCCCACACGUAGACACCCAUUCUGCGUUUGAAGAGCUAAUUUUCAGCCUCUCGCUAGCGGGGCCGUGCAUCAUGGAAUUCAGAAAGUAUACAACCGGAGCGUGGCAGGAAAAUUCGACCUCAAGUUCUGAUCUGGAGAAUCAGAUACCUGAGAAGAACUUAAAUUUUAUAAAGAAGGCUCUUUAUCUUCCUCCUCGAUCACUGUUGUUGAUGUCUGGAGAGGCUCGAUAUGCGUGGCAUCAUUACAUUCCACACCACAAGGUGGACAAAGUGAACGACAGUUUGAUCCGUCGUGGUGCGAGGAGAGUGUCGUUUACAUUGCGCAAGGUCCGGCAAGGCCCUUGCCGAUGCGAAUUCCCUCAAUACUGUGAUUCACAGAGAUAGUCAUCUUUUCAUUUCAAGUGCUACUGCAAAUGGGCAGAAGGUUUGGGAGAGGAAUUUUGUACCCUCAAAUUAUGAUUUAGAAUUUUAGAUCAUGGGCUACACCCAAUUGCAAUGGGUUAUUCCAUUGAUUGGUGAUGUGAAAUUUCAGUUUUGCAAGUUUCUUAACUGGAAAAGAAGAGUUCACAACUCAUCCAUUAUAUGUUCAA